AUGCAACAUGCUGUUUCAAACAUCAACAACAAAAUCUGGAUCUUCUGGGAUCAAGAUUUCACUGGUACUAUCCUUGAUCAGGAUGAGCAACAAAUCACAGUAGAGUUGAGACAUGUUGAGGCUGCUGAAACCAUUCUGCUCACCAUCAUCUAUGCCAAGUGCAAACCAGGGUUAAGGAAACCACUCUGGGAUUACCUGAGAACCAGAGCAGCAUCUUCUAAUUCCCCAUGGUGUGUAUUUAGAGAUUUUAAUGUCAUAGCCUCCAUUGAAGAGAAGAUAGGUGGCAUCCCCUAUCAAGUCAAUAAAAGUGUGGAUUUUUUGAGCAUGAUUGAAGACUGUGGUCUUACAGAUUUAGGAUUCUAUGGUUCUAUAUACACAUGGUCUAAUGGAAGAGGUCCUUGUUCUAUAGUCUGGAAGAGACUAGAUAGGGGAAUGGUCAAUGACAACUGGAUAGCUUCUUAUCCUGCUACUACCAUCACUCACCUGGCUUCUACAGGAUCAGAUCACUCACCCCUGCUCAUGGAAAUGCAUGUCAGGCCUGAUAAUGAAACUAGAUACUUCAAAUUUUUGAACUGCUGGACUGAAAAUCAAUCAUUUCUGCCUUUGGUUCAACAAGUUUGGAUGAUGCAAGUUUGUGGCAAUCCAACGUGGAUUUUUCACCAGAAAAUUAAAGCCUUGUGUUCUGCCAUCUCCAAAUGGUCUAGGCAAGAGUAUAGUGAUAUCUUCCACAAAGCAAAAGAAUUUGAAGAGAAAGCUAGAAAAGCUGAGGAAAUCUGGGCUCAAUCUAAUAGAGAGGAAGACAGAGAAAUUGCUCUUGAGCUCAAUGCCAAAUAUGUUCAAUUCCUGAAAACUGAAGAAGCAGUUUUAAAGCAAAAAACUCAGCUACAAUGGUUUAAGGAUGGUGAUGCUAAUUCCAAGUACUUCCACAGUUUAAUCAGAGGAAGAAGGAGAAAGCUCUACAUCCAUAAAAUCAAAGAUGAAGAUGGGGACUAG